AUGGCGACAAAAGAGAUUCAACUCCCACAAGCCCAAUCUCGGGAGCCUGUGGUGCACCCCUGUGAUGUCAUUCAGCGCGGGGCCUUUCAUAAGGACAACGCGGAGCGUCUCCACCGCAUUCGCACCACACUGGGAUGGGGUGCCGCGGCGGACACUGCACUUACGGAGACGACACUUCUUUCCGCCCGCCGCCUCGGUGCGAUUCCUAGCAGUUUUGCGUUGUACCAUCACUACCGCGGAACUGCUUCGGAGCUGACCCCAAUGGACCUGUACGGCCAGCCUGAAGACGACCCCAACGUGCAGCCGUCAUCUCGGGCCAUUGUGGAGAAGUCCGUUUAUGGAUACGAGCUGACGAUGAGGAACUUGGGCAUGUAG